AUGAGUACGUCGGCGAUUGAAGUUAGUGGUGAAAAAGUGAAAGCAAUGUGGGAUAAGAGAUUGACAGAAAUAUUUUGUGAUAUUUGUAUUAAAGAGAUAUUGAAAGGCAAUAGGCCUGGUACUCAUUUCACAAAAGAUGGAUGGUUGAAAAUAAUGACUAACUUUGAGAAAGAAACAGGCGAAGAUACUGGUCUAGGGUGGAAUCCUAUAAAAAGAACCGUUGAUGCAUCGGAUGAUUGGUGGGAGAGUAGGCUAAAGGUUGUGCCUGAAGCUCAAAAAUUUAGAACAUCGGGCAUUGAUCCUGAAUUCGAAGGGAAGUUAGACCAAAUGUUUAUGGGGAUAGUUGCAACAGGUGAUAAAGCAUGGGCACCUUCUUCUGGUACACUCCGUAGUGAUAUUUUUGAAGUUGUUAACAAUGAAAUACCUGAAGAGAAUGAAGAAAAAAAUGUGAGAAAUGAUGUUCGCAUUUUAAAUGAUGUUCACAUUUCAAAUGAUGUUCACAUUUCAAAUGAUGUUCAAAUUGAUGGAAACGGUCAAAAAAGGAAAAACCCUGAGAUAUCAAGUUCACAUUUUAAAACUAGAAGAAAGAAAUCCUCAAAGCAAAUUGGAGGGGCUGCAAGAUUGUCUAGUCAAAUAGAAAAAUUAUACGAUGCAGCUGACAAUAUGAGUCAAGCCACAUCUAGUUUGACUCAUGUUAUGGAUCCAUAUGGUAUUCCACAAGCAGUCAAAGUGCUCGACAAAGAUGUCGGAAGAAGUUCGAAGCUAGUGAUGAGUAUAGUUGAGAAUUACAACAGUGAUGACUGUGAUGAUGAAAAGGAAAAGAAAGAGAUUUUACAACGCAUGGAAUGUUUUAAUCGAUUAUUUGUUGUUGCAUCUUCUUCCGUACAAUUAUAUUACGAGAAGUAUAUAUUAAAGCAGCCAUGCAUGAAUUCAAAACAGUCAGGAAAAUAUUAUCUUGUUGAUUCUGGAUAUCCUCAAAUGAAAGGUUAUCUUGGACCAUAUAGAGGUCAGCGGUAUCAUUUACCUGACUUUCGUAGAGGUAGACCGGUAUCUGGUAAAGAAGAGGUAUUCAAUCAUUCACAUUCAUCAUUACGUAGUGUGAUUGAACGAACUUUUGGUGUUUUGAAAAAAAAAUGGGCCAUUUUAAGAGAUAUGCCAAGUUAUAGUUUUGAAAAGCAAACGAUGAUCGUUGUUGCUGCAAUGAUGAUACACAAUUUUAUCCGAAAACAUGCCGGCCGAAAUGAUGCAGAUUUUAUGGAAUACGAAGAUAUUAACUGGGCAUAUGAGAAUAAUAUUGAUUUAGAAAUUGUGCAUGGUCGAGAAAGUGAUGAUGACGACGACGACGACGAUGAUGGUGAUGAUGAUGGUGAUGAUGACGGUGAAUCAAACAAUUCAAGUGGUUUUGAAAUGGAAUUAACAAGAGAUGCUAUAACUUCUAGUUUAAUGAAUUCACUUUAA